AUGAGACACCCAGACUAUGAGGGAUUUAAUAUGACCUUACCACCUAAUGCCACUAUUUUGGAUAAAAUUAAAUAUCGGAUUUGUAAACAAAUAUUAAGUUACGAAUAUGAUAAUAAACUUACUACCGAAGAAUUAGCACAAAGAAUUAAUUUAAGUGUUCCCGAAACCAAGGAAAUAUUACUUUGCCAUACUCAUAAGUUCACCUUGGAUAGGUUAAUUACUUACUUUGAAAAUUUACAUAUUCCUUUUGAAAUUAAGUUUACUAACCAAUCCGAAGUUAAGA